UUUCAGUAUAGAGGGCUCUGCUCUUCUUCCACCUUGAUUACUUCAGAAAUGACAUGCAGUAAACAUUUAUUGAGUGGUGCAGGGAGAUGCACUUUUGGAUUCAAGAAACUGAGAUUCUUGUCCCGUCUCUGCCACUACCUGUGUGACCUUGGGCAAGUCCCUUGUCUUCCCUGAACUUUAGCUUCUCUUUUUGAGAAAUGGGUGAGUGCCUUCUCACCAGCAGGCUCUUGUCCACCAGUUUUCCCUCUGUGUCCUCCAGCAGGCUCACCGUGGAGGCCCAGACCCCUUUGCUCCCCAUGGGCAGCUGCCAGGCAGGGCACAACCUGCAUCUCUGUCUGGCCCACCACCCACCUCUGGUCUGUGCUACUUUGAUCCUGCUGCUUCUUGGCCUUUCCGGCCUGGGCCUUGGUGGCUUUCUCCUCACCCACAGAACUGGCCUGCGCAGCCCUGACAUCCCUCAGGACUGGGUCUCCUUUUUGAGAUCUUUUGGCCAGCUGACCUUGUGCCCUGUGAAUGGGACAGUCACAGGAAAGUGGCAAGGGCCUCGAGUCAUGGGCUUACUGACUACCUUGAACUUCGGAGAUGGUCCAGACAGGAACAAGACGCAGACAUUCCAAGCCAUGGUCUCAGGUAGUCAGAUGGGACUGAAAGGAUCUUCUGGACAGCCAGUCCUUAUCACAGCCAGGGUGGCCACAGAAAGGACCCCAGGAAUCUGCCUAUAUUUUAGUGCUGUUCCAGGAAUCCUGCCCUCCAGCCAGCCACCCAUAUCCUGCUCAGAGGAGGGAGCAGGAAAUGCCACCCUGAGCCCUAGGAUGGGUGAGGAGUGUGUCAGUGUCUGGAGCCACGAAGGCUUUGUGCUCACCAAGCUGCUCACCGCGGAGGAGCUGGCUCUGUGUGGCUCCAGGCUGCUGGUCCUGGGCUUCUUCCUGCUUUUCUUCUGUGGCCUUCUCUGCUGUGUCACUGCUGUGUGCUUCCACCCGCGCCGGGAGUCCCACUGGUCUAGAACCCGGCUCUGAGGGCACUGACCUAGUUCCCGACUUGUUCUCAGCUAGGCCUGACCACUCAAACUGACCACUCCAAGCUUGGGACAGGAAAUGAUGGACUCUCUCAGCCUCCAACUGGGGAAAGAAGGCUUCCUGGCCCUGAGCAGAUCCUGGAAUCCUAAGGCUACCCCGUUGAGAUUAAGCACCUGAAUCUGCCUUCUGCUGUCACUCCCUUUGCUCUCUCCUCAGCCUCUGCACCCAUCCCAGAGCGUCCCCUAACACCUUUCUGAUCGGUACUGUUUUUUAUUUUCUUUCUGUCUGGGUGUGAAUCAACGUCUUGGUCCUUGGUACUGAGUUUGAAGAGAUAUUACAAAAGUGAAGACCUGGAAUAUGGGGGGAAAUAAAAGGUUUUUUUGCCCAGA